CUCUUACACAAAAACUUAAGAUGGCACCCUCCAGAACUAUGUUACUCUCACUGCUUCUUUUUUCGUUUUCCGUUACAAUAGUCUUCUGUCAAUACGAGAAAUACAGCUUCAGGAGUUUUCCACGUCAUGAACUAAUGCCACUAGAUUCUGCAUAUAAAUACGCACUGGACCAGUACACCGGAGAGAAAUGGCAGGAGACAGUGGACUACCUCGAGGUGUCUCUCAGGUUGUACCGAUUGCUCAGGGACAGCGAGGCCUUCUGUAACCUCAAUUGCAGCUCAGUGCGGCUGGACAACGAGGAGAGGUUCACAGAUUUUCCGGAGUUGCAUGUUUUCGGUAACGUUAUGAAGAGGGCGCAGUGUCUGAAACGAUGCAAACAGGGACUGCCCGCAUUCAGACAGACCAUGCCCAGCCGGGACACCGUGGAUGAGUUCGAGAGACGAGAACCGUAUAAAUACCUGCAAUUCGCUUACUUCAAAUCGGAUAAACUGGCCAAGGCGGUGUCAGCAGCCCACACAUUCCUCCUGAAGCACCCCGAUGAUGAGAUGAUGCAGAGGAACAUGGCCUACUACAAGAGCCUACCUGGGGCUGAUGAACACCUCAAAGACCUGGAGACCAAGACCUAUGAGAUGUUGUUUGUGCGAGCAGUGCGGGCGUACAAUGGGGAUAACUACCGCACUUCGGUGUCAGACAUGGAGUUGGCCCUGAGGGAUUUCUUCAAGGUCUACGACGAGUGUCUGGCGGCUUCAGAAGGAGCCAGGGAGAUCAAAGACUUCAAAGACUUCUACCCCUCCAUCGCCGACCACUACACAGAGGUGUUAGAGAGGAAGGUGAGGUGUGAGGCCGAGUUGACUCCUGUGGUUGGAGGAUUCGUUGUGGAAAAAUUUGUGGCAACCAUGUAUCAUUACCUGCAGUUCGCCUACUAUAAAUUGAAUGACCUGAAGAAUGCAGUACCUUGUGUGACCAGCUACAUGCUGUUUGACCCCAGUGACGAGGUGAUGAAGAACAACGUGGUGUAUUACCAGUACCACAGAGAAAAGUAUGGACUCAGUGAUGAAGACUUCCUGCCUAGAUUGGAGGCGGUACGGUACUUGAACCAGACCACCAUGCAGCUAGAGAUGCUGGAGUUCUCCAGACAGCGGCUAAUGAGUGAUGAUGAGGGGGAGGUGGUGGAGUUUCUAGAUGAGUUGCUGGAUGCUCAGGAUGAGUAAAAGAUAAAGG